AAGGGUGCAGGGGGAGGGCUCGCAACCCGCUGUAAUUGGCUCCGAAAAAAGAAAGAAAGAAAGAAAAAAAAAAAAACCCACCCAAAAAGAUGUUGCAACUGCUGGAAAAAAAGGUCAUUGAAGGAGUUGGCUGCGAAAAAAAAUCAGCUUAAAAAAGAGUGGCAGGCAUGCGCAAUGGGAGGAUGCCAUGUUGGAAUGAGGCUGUAGCGAGAGAGAGAGAGGGAGAGGGAGCGACAAACUGGUCGCCUGCUCGCCGCGGAGCCGCAGGGCAGUGCCCUUCCCGCGCCCGGAAAUUCUUGCUGCAGGAUGAAUUAGGAAAGGAAGAAAUCUGAACAAUGGAGACGAGGACGUCUUUGAUUUCCAGCAUGCAGGAAACACAGCAUCUAUCCCAGGAGAAGGGCCAGAGUCCAGCCAAUGGGAACAGAGAGCAGUUUGAUUCAGAUGAAGGGUCAAGCUUAGAGGAUACCGAUUUUAAUUGGGAUGAAUACUUGGAAGAAACAGGAGCCAGCGCUGCUCCUCACACAUCGUUCAAACACGUUGAAAUCAGCCUACAGAGCAGUUUCCAACCAGGGAUGAAGUUAGAAGUGGCCAACAAGAACAAUCCAGACACAUACUGGGUGGCUACAAUCAUUACGACAUGCGGGCAGCUCUUACUGCUACGUUACUGUGGCUAUGGAGAUGAUCGCCGAGCGGAUUUCUGGUGUGAUGUGAUGACAGCUGAUCUUCAUCCAGUCGGCUGGUGCACCCAGAACAACAAGGUGCUGAUGCCUCCGGACGCAAUCAAGGAGAAGUACGUGGACUGGACGGAAUUCCUUAUACAUGAUUUGACAGGCUCCCGAACUGCACCUGCAAACUUGCUGGAAGGCCCUCUGCGAGGAAAAAACCCUGUAGACCUCAUUACAGUUGAUUCCUUAAUAGAGCUGCAGGAUACCCAGAACCCCUUUCAGUACUGGAUAGUUAGUGUGGUUGAAAAUGUUGGAGGAAGAUUACGCCUUCGCUAUGUGGGAUUGGAGGAGACUGAAUCCUAUGACCAGUGGUUGUUUUACUUGGAUUACAGACUUCGACCAGUCGGUUGGUGUCAAGAGAAUAAAUACAGAAUGGACCCACCUACAGAAAUCUAUUCUCUGAAGACUAUAUCUGAGUGGAAAUGCGCUCGGGAAAAAUCCCUUAAUGAUGCAGCAAAAUGUCCUCUUCCAAUGGAAGUGUUCAAGGAUCAUGCUGAUUUGAGGAGCCACUUCUUCACAGUGGGGAUGAAGCUAGAGGCAGUGAACAUGAGGGAACCCUUUACUAUCUGUCCUGCAUCAGUGACUAAGGUUUUUAACAAUCACUAUUUACAAGUGACCAUUGAUGACUUGAGACCUGAAGCUAGCAAAAUCUCAAUGCUUUGCCAUGCCGAUUCCUUAGGGAUCUUACCAGUACAGUGGUGCCUUAAAAAUGGAGUCAAUCUCACGCCUCCCAAGGGUUACUCUGGCCAGGACUUUGACUGGGCAGAUUAUCAGAAGCAGUGUGGAGCAGAGGCAGCUCCUCACUUCUGCUUUAGAAACACGUCCUUCAGCCGUGGCUUUACGAAGAACAUGAAGUUGGAGGCGGUGAACCCCAAGAACCCUGCAGAAAUAUGCGUUGCUUCGAUCACGUCCGUGAAAGGAAGGUUAAUGUGGCUGCACCUGGAAGGUUUACAGAUGCCCUCUCCGGAGUAUAUAGUUGAUGUAGAGUCUAUGGACAUUUUCCCAGUUGGCUGGUGUGAAGCAAAUGCUUAUAACCUAAUACCACCCCACAAAGCAGUUCUGCGAAAGAAGAGAAAGAUUGCAGUUGUGCAGCCAGAAAAGCAGUUGCCUUCCACAGUGCCUGUUGAGAAAAUACCUCAUGACCUUUGCCCGGUUCCUCAGCCAGACACAACAGGUACCAUCAAUGGAAGAUACUGCUGCCCCCAGCUCUUCAUCAACCACCGCUGCUUCUCAGGUCCUUAUUUAAACAAGGGGAGAAUAGCAGAGCUACCUCAAUCUGUCGGGCCUGGCAAAUGCGUGCUAGUUCUGAAAGAGGUUCUCAGCAUGGUAAUCAAUGCGGCUUACAAACCGGGGAGCGUUUUACGAGAGCUGCAGCUGGUGGAAGACCCGCAGUGGAAUUUCCAGGAGGAAACGCUGAAGGCGAAGUACCGAGGGAAAACCUACCGGGCGACGGUCAAGAUCGUGAGGACGUCUGAUCAAGUGGCAGAUUUCUGCCGGAGAGUCUGUGCCAAGCUGGAGUGUUGUCCCAACCUGUUCAGCCCUGUGCUUGUAGCUGAAAUCUGUCCCGAGAACUGUUCUAUUCACACCAAAACCAAAUACACCUAUUAUUAUGGGAAGAGGAAAAAAAUCAUUAAGCCACCAAUUGGGGAAAACAACAACUUGAAGAGUGGACACAUCAAGCCUGCAAGGCGCAGGAAAAGACGGAAAUCCAUUUUUGUGCAGAAGAAGAGGAGGUCAUCGACUGCUGAUUUUAACACUGCAGGGUCUGCAGAGGAAAGUGAAGAGGAGGAGCCAGAUGCUAUGGAAGAUGAGACAGGGAGUGAAGAAACCAGCUCAGAACUACGGGAUGACCAGACAGACACCUCCUCGGCCGAGGUCCCGUCAGCCAGACCGAGGAGAGCCAUGACAUUACGAAGCAGCACCGAGUCGGACAGGCCUCCUCCCAUUGAGAGAGCGAGAAGGAGCCGGAAAACACCGUCUCUCUCGUACAGCGAACAGGAGAAGUGCACUCAAGUCAAGGAAGAAAUAAAGCAAGAGGAGGAAGAAAAACUCAUUCUGGACAGCAACCCAUUGGAGUGGACAGUGACUGACGUGGUGAGGUUUAUCAAACUGACAGACUGCGCUCCCCUAGCCAAGAUAUUUCAGGAACAGGACAUUGACGGCCAGGCGCUUCUGCUGCUGACCCUGCCGACCGUGCAAGAAUGCAUGGAGCUGAAACUUGGCCCAGCCAUCAAGUUGUGCCACCAGAUUGAGCGAGUAAAAGUUGCUUUCUAUGCACAGUAUGCCAACUGACUGCCGCUCCUUGCAUUGCCUUCUGGGCUUUUCUCACUGGUUUUCAAACGUUACAGCUCAUUUGGGUUUUUCCCCGCCCUGCGCUCGUAAGCCUGUGGAAGCCGAAACACUGAGAAGCUCUCUGUAAAAAAAACAAAAAAACCCCCGAAACAAUCUGAAUGAGUAUUUCCAGUUUUUGUGAAGCACAUUGGUAUUUCUUCUUGGGAGCCUGUCCACACAUGCGAUAUUGUAGUGUAGCAAGGCUGUAAGAGAGCAGAAGGUUUGUCUUCUUUUUUUUUAGUAAAAGAGAAAAUAAAACAAGUUUUCCUACAACCGGCAAACACAUUCCAUGGGGGAUAGCGUUCAAACAUUCCCAGCUGAUUAUGGUGUGUCUAGGUCAAUUUCUGGACAUAAAUGAUCCCCGUCAUGAACUGACACACUUCUUUCAUAUUGAAAUGUGAGUGAUCAUUUUUAGUGAUCCACGGUUUACUGCAGAUUUGAUCGUAAUGAUCAAUGUGCUUUAUUCAGGCCUGCAAAGAAAGCAUUAGAGCCGUGAUAUGCCAUGUAAUGUCUUAGCAAGCAGUUGAUAAAGGGGAAUCCCAGCUGUGCUCUCUAUCAGAAAAAAAUUCAAUGAACUUCAAGGGGUACAGCAAAAGGUAGUGCCCAGUAACGCUUCCGAAACCUGGUAGAGUUAUGUACAAUAUUCUGAUUUUCUCUGUGAUUGGACCUGUACAGUUCUUCAUUCUUGUAAUGGAACAUGCAUGAAAUAUUUUAUACUAAAGCCCAUUCAAUUAUCUCCAAGUAACGUUAAAGGUCUAAUGGUGGACGCCUACACAACAGGGAAUUCAGGUGGAAGGAUGAGACUUUGGAGUAAAUGCUGAUCUAGGCUGAACCUGGUUAAAUCCAUUGAAGGCAACUGAACCUCCUGGGUUGACUUUGGUGUAAAAAAGAUCAGAAUAUGUUCCGCAAAGGAUCUGCAUUGUUUUAUACCAGCUGAGGAUUUAGCCCAGCACACCCUUCUGUUCCUGAGCAUACAAAGAGCCAGAUUCACCAGAUGCCCUGUGCUGCUGUCCGUGGUUAAACUGGAUUUGCACUGUUUUGUGUCAAUGGAGACAUGCGAAGCAUCUGAAAGGUACCGGGUAACCUGGCCCUGAGUGCCCGUGUGGCCGUGUUAAAGAGCUGUGUGAAACGCAUGGACUUUGGCUCAGCAUGGCUCGUGAUAGGAAUCGGAACAAAGUCCAUUGAAGUCAAUGGUGUUAUACCCUCCUAAUAACUCUACCCCGAGCAAGAACAGAAGCUGAGUUUUAUUUCGAAGAUGAGUUUCAAGUGGAGCUCCCCAAAAAGGCAAACUCGGUCGUUGUGGCUGGGUUUUUUUUCCCUAGCUUCAGAGGAAACCACGGACUUUUUUUUUGGUUGUUUUUGCAUGGUUUCCUCUGAAACUAUAAAUAGGCCUGUGAUCUGCAACUUCAGCGGACUCAGAGUUUUGGAUUUGUUACAGAAAUCUAGUGCAGCCUUGUCAGGAUGCCAGGUCAGAGUCUCCAGGGACCCCUUCUAAUGUGAGACAUGAUUUUUUUACCCUGAAUUCUACAUGUCUUUGCUUUUGCCCAGUUAGCUCAGAGCUCGAAUGUUACUUCAACAGAAUCUGUUGGUUUCAAUGCCUUUUUUUUACCCCCGCUUUUUAAAAAGCCGUUUUGCUUGUGUUCACUCUCUCAUUGCCCACUGACUUGGAUCUGAUAAUCCUGCAGACUGGAUGUGCUCAGCUAAACGACCGGGCAUUCUCAGAUUAGAGCUGGUUGGUUCUGCCAUAUCCAUUUUCUUCUUGACGACUCUGUUAAUUGUGUGGAUUAUUGGUGCUGUAUAAUGCUUCUGAAAUACCCUUUACAGACUCUGGUGGACCAGAAUUCACUUCGGAGAAUACUUUAUGCAAGGAUCGAUUCAGGGGACCAUCAAGCUUUUCAAGGCAUCUUUAUAAUGUGCCGCUAUAAUAACGGGUUGCCUGGUUGAGUCUGCUCCCAGUGAAUUACCUUCGUCUGACAUUUGAAUACAAAUUCAAUAUGAGUUGCUGCAGGUUAGACCAGGUCCCACAAUACUACAGUUGGCUUCAGUAAAAUUCGUGUACUUCCUUUGUUCACAAGAUCUUAGUAGUAAGAUUUAAAUGAUCUUUAUUUAAAGGAAGGGAAUAAAGCGGCUGCUCCUGUGCUGAGGCUUUUGUUUCACCAGAAAACAAAUGAUUAAGGGUUAAGUUGUCCUUUGAGACAGCGGGCAGUGGGUUUUGCAUUGGGAAUCCUAUGGGGUGUUUAACAGCAUGCUAAAUCACUGCGGUUGUGCUGAUGAUUUUUGGUGAACCCUUCAAGAUGCCAGUGAGUUUAAAUGCCCACCUUCCCUUUUAAAAUUUCCCCCAGAAAAGCUCAGCUUCUCUUCUCUAGUCCAGUGGACAUCAGGGACAUCAUAUUCUCCCUGGCAGCUUCCACCCAGUCACUGUGCUAAAUUAAAGCAGCUCAUGCGUUGUUCAUAUAUAGACACGUAUGUACACUGUAUGAUCUUAAAGAAACGCUAGAAUUGGCCCAGACACCGGGGCCGGGUAAGGGAAAUGGAAAAGGUGCUGAGCGUGUCUGCCUGGCCCGGAGGUGGCUGUGCCCUGAUGCAGGUUCAGGUCUCUGCAGGGCAGAUCCAUCUGCCUUCUGCUCCUUUGACGCUUGCUGGAUAAUCUGGCCCAGGGGUCAUCAAAGGAAUUGAAUGCAUUUGAGGGUCCUGUUACUUUCUCAACAUGGAUAAUCAUUUUGGUGCCACCGAAAUACUUGUGGAAGACUGAACUGGAGUGCACGUGGCUGCCUGCUUUAUAUUCGGGACCAUCUCCAUGCUCAGUUUUGAUGUAGCAAAGGGGGCACACAGCUUUGGGCGGUGAUAUGCAACCUUAUGGAAAUAACAAGCGGAGCUCUUACUGAUUGUUUUUUCCUUCUAUUAACAAGAAUCAGAAAGGUUAAUCAUGUUUAAAACCACAGCUAGCAAAAAAAACAAAAAACCCCACUUUGACUGUAGCUUAUGCAGACUGUAAAGCUCUCCAGGCUUUUGCUCCCCCCUCCCUCUGUGUUUUUUUUUUUUUUCUUCCUUUCUUUUUAAAUAUCCCUUCAUUUAUUUUUCUCUGUUCCUUUUGGAGAGCUGUGACCUCAAGUCUUUAUUCUAAAAUUACCUUGAAUUGGCCUCAGUGGCAAAUGCUUUAUUAUAGUGACACCUAAAAUAGCGAGUGGGAAGGGAUCAAAGAGAUGCAGUCUGCUGUUCUAAUUGCCUUCCAGAGAAGUAGCGCUGAAUCUCCUACCCAAUUUUUUUUAUGUAAAAGAAAACUGUAUGGCAGGCAGUUAAAUUGAACAAUGUGCUCACAUUGUCACUUAAAGAUUCAAGCCGAGAUCAGAACGAUCUGAAUGCUCCUUCCGGCGCAUAAUCCCAGAUCCAGAAAAUUAACAAGAUUUUAGAAUAAUGCAUGUCUAAGGAGACAUUUGAAACACAGAACUCAUUAGGGUGAAAUGCUGAUAUACUUUGCUACAUAAAAAAAAAAAAAAAAGUAAUCGGUAAAAAGAAGCAUUUUUAUCCAAUGUAUAGAGUCAAAUUCAGAGCUGGGAUAAUAAGGAACAGACUCCCAUCAUAUUCAGGAAGCUGCAUCUUAUUACAUCACAUCUGGAUUUGGUCCUGAGAAUAGGGGCAAGAUAAAUGAUGGUGUUUUCUUUGUCUCCAGGAUGAAAAGGUUCAGGGUAUGAAAUUACUGUGGCCAAAGCUAGAACCAUUGCUACCUACCAGCAAUGCUUUUCCUUCUGGCCAAGGAACAAGAUGGUCAUCUCUCUGCCGCCGUCCUUGGGGCCAACUCAGAGCUGGGAUGGGAACCCCAGGGUACUUGUGCUGAAUCAGUGCAUUCAAGUCAGCACUGUGCUUGGCCCAUUCAGGUAGACUAACAGCAGCUCUGCACCAUUUUGGUGUCUCCUUGGAGGAAUCUAGCUUCUGAGAUGUAGGCCUGGAGCUCUAUUUUGUGGAGUUUUACUAAGCUAUUUAAAAUGCUGUGCACCAGGCAUAUCCGUGGUCCUGUGCUGCUAUGCACCUAUCUCCUUCCACCAACUUAGAUCAACUAUUAGAACUGGAAGGAGAAGUUUCCAUCCCCUCGGGGUAAAUCCAGCUCCCGUUUCCCUCCACUAUCAACCAGGUGAGAACCUGCCCUCCUCUUCUCCUAUAUACUUCCUUGCUCCAGAAUGAGAUUUCUUCCUCUUGAGCUCUCCAUAUUCCAGGCAUUUCCCACAUGCUACCCACCAUCCAUCACCUGGGCACCUACUUUUCACCAUUCAGCUCAUUAGCUGUCAGCAAACACUGGCCACUGUCGCCUCUGAUGGGCAUCAUGGCUUUCAAGCACUGAUGUCUGCUUCCGGGAGCUGAAUUUGAGCUUUAUUAGAUAGGUACUGGUGCCUGAAGGACUCCCCCAGCAAACUGCAAACUACCUCCUGAGGGUGCUGAAUGCUCACUGAAAUCAAUGGAAAUUGGUGGCAUUCAGUCUUUCUAGUGAGGAUCAUUCCAGGACUGGGCUCUCAUUGAGAUGGUGUCGGACAUGCCGUGAUACUGUCUGCAAUGUACUGUCAAGACGCUGAUGCGCAAAGGUAUUUAGGAUUAACAAAAACGCCAAAGCAAGUACAGCCAGGGGAGAGAGGCACCAAACUCGCAUGACAUCUGUCUCAUUGCAAUUUGCAUUAAUUCUGAAACGACGUUGAAUCCGAAAGUCAGCAAACCUGACACAAGCUCUUUCAAAGCCAGCUGGCCCCGUCAGUCAGUAUUUACUCACCGAAAAAGCAAGCCUUGUUGUUUUCUGAGCCUUUUCAUUGACUUCAGCAGGAGCUCCAGGUGUACAGCACUUCAGUUAAAAAAAAAAUAAAUAAAGUCAGGUCACUUACCAUUAUAAUUUCCUGGAGUUCAGAAAUGUCAGGGCAUUUCAAAUGUUCUUUGUUUCUCAAGGCAGCGAGCUCGGAAAAAAAUGUGGAGCAUGUUUUUCUUUGCAGGUAAAACUCAAGUGCUGAAGGAAAAGGAAACGCACACUAGUACUGAGUGCCAUAAAAGCCAGCUUUAUUAUGUGUGGGUUAAAGUAGCCUCAAGAUCUCCAUUUUAGGGCUGCAUAGUGCAAAGCUUGGUCUCGUACAUCUAAUUCCCCAAGCCAAGAAAUAUGCUUUCCAUGAUCAGCAAAAUGCCUUAAGCACUAGGAUUUGAUAUGAUUUUUUUUUAAUAUAGAGCAAUGGAUUUUUUUAAAUUCAUAUUCACCCUUUUUUUUUCCAUACCAUUCAACAAAGUAGCUGCCCUACUAGAAAAGGAGUUUUUGUUCUUCACAAAGGACUUGGUUCAAAGCCAGAUGAAAUCAGGGGAAAGAAUGGGCUUUGGAAACAGGUGAAUUUCUUCUGUCAUUUAGAAGAUAUUAAUUAACGCAAGGAUUAAAGACUGGAUUCUCAGCAUUGGCCUUUGCAGUCCUUAAAUUUCACCUCUCCUGCAGGAGAUGUGUUUUUGGGUUUUGUAGGGACUUAGUGCCAUUCAGCAGAGCACACGGUGCAGGAGAAGCAAAAUGUUACCAUUGCACUGCUGCAUAAGAAAGCCUCCCGUGGUUUAUCCUUUACACAAUUAAUUCCCAUCUUGCACUUAAAAUGUCAGUAACAUCUCACACCACAUAGAUGAAACUCCAAAAAGUGUAGCCCACAGUUCAGCAUGCUCCUCUCAUGCUCUUAUACCCCUCAUUGUGCUAGUUUCCAGCCCGCUCAUUUAACAGAGGCAUACAUUGACUUAUCACUUCCUCCUGGACUGAUGCUCCAUAUAUGCAGGUGUUCAGGGCUUGAUCUAGCCUCCAGUGGUGAUGCUGCACCAUGUCCCAGUAAAGUCAGUGGGAGGACAGGGCAUGUAAGAAAUAUGCAACCACACUUUUGAUAUUUCACUGCGAAAUCUGUAGUUCGUAUUGGGUCCUCCCUAAGCCCAAGCUGCCACUGAAGUCAGUGGGAGCUUCGCUUGAGCAGAACCCCAAUUCAUAGCAACCCGUUCUGCUUCUGCAUGUAGGUGAAAUCUGCCUCCGUGGUAGCAUCCCCUGCAGCUGUUCUACAUGCAUAUGGUGUGAAAGUUAGCAGAGUACCAGGGGGGAAGUUAGUAGUGGAGCUGUCCCCACCUCCACCCAGUUAUUUCUGCCUUGGUGUCCAAGUGGAAAGUUAGUGGCGCUCCUGCUCAGUGGUUAUCUGUUACAGAUAGAGCCACAGCUUCAUGUUUCCACUUAUCCCUCCAUGACCCUCAAGGCUAUAUAUGGAAGGCUGGAGGAAGACUUCAGGGAAGAGGAAGAAAAAGGGUUUAGGUAGAGCUGGCACUAGAUAGAGGAGGUGUUUUAAUUGAUGUCAAAUCCCUAGAGCUCUGACAGGUGCCAGAUGGAAGGAGAGGAUGAAGCAGACCUGUGCUCAGGGUUAGGCCCUCUGUCCGUGGUUUCCAGAUGCAGGCAGGUCCAAGUUUUCUCCAAGGCAGCAGAGACUCGCUCCAAUGGCAGCACACCCGGAGGUCCUCCGGAUGGAUGGGAGUAGGGGCUGCGGAUGAUUUUGUUCUUCCGUCCAUGGAAGUGAGGUCCCAAUUCCUGUGGAUCCCCCGGCGUGGAGGGGCCAGGCCAACCCUCCCCUUUGCACCCUCUUGGCCUAAAGGGAUGCUGCUUAGGGAAUACUACGAGAGGGUUUUCUGGCCUCCUAUGGGAUAGCGUGAUCUGGCUCAGGGUAAGGAUUUCUAGAUCAGCAAAAUGCAUAUGCACAGGUUUUGAAACCUGAGUAGGUGCCCAACUCCCACUGAAAUCGAGCCCAGAGGAGUCGAUCCAAUUGCUGUUUAAGUCAAUAGCAAGAGUCCCAUUGACUUAGACAUUGAAUGAGGGCCUUAAGAAUGCACUUAAAGCAACUGAGUACUCCCAAGGAAACCAACGGGAGGAUGUGCGUGCCUUUAAUGUUAGGAAUAUUCUUGUUGGGUCAGCUCAUAACAUGCACUAGAUCUCGGAGUAUUUUCCUGCUUCUGCAUAGAUCUGCUAGAAAAAUGACUGUGCAGAUGGUUGAGAACUGUCCCUAGUGAGACUAUGAGCAGGAUUACUAAUCCUCCCAAGCAUUGGACUGGAUCUCUGGUUAGACAAUUGGAUAGAGGCAACUCUCAGGAUGAUCCUUGUUGGAAUCAAUUUUUCCUUUAGCAAAAUGGGAGAGGGAUCAGAAAAAAAAUUCUCAUUUAUACCCUCCUCCCCCCACUCUUUAUAACAGCUAUAAUACUGAGAAGUAGGAUGACAGCCAGCCUCAUAAACCAUUCAUAGUGGCAUAUGUUGGAAGUCUUUGGACUACUUUGCAUUCCAGUUUGUAUCAAAGAAGCAGUUCAGAUCUUGUGUGUGUGUAUAUAUAUAUAUAUAUAUAUAUAUAUAUAUAUAUAUAUAUAUAUAUAUACACACACCCCCCUUUGAUGUGCUACAGGAAAAAACAAAACAAAAUGCUGGUGUUUUUACUUUUUAAAACUCACAGGGCAAAGGGCAUGUUAUUAGUUUGCUGUAAGAUUAUAUUCUGUAUAUAUGUUUUCAUGUAAAUAAAUGAAAAUCUAUAUUCAGAGUUAUAUUUUAAUUUUUAUUCAAAAAUGAAAUCCCCUUUUUACUUGAAGAAUUGUAAGCCACAUUGUUAAUAAAGGAAUAAUAAAUUAUG